GGAGUGAAACAGUAUAUAAAGCGGGCUGUAAGGAAAGUCCACUAAAAGAUUCGUUCUCUUGGAUAAAUAUCCUUUUUCCUGACUCUUUGUGUAUAACCAUGGCUGUAUCCCUUGACCAGAAACGGAUUGCUUUGGAGACUUUCCUCCAAGACCAUACAAACAUCAAAUAUGUAACACCUGCUGCUCCUGAGUUCUCUUCCUUGAAAGCCACUUACAACCUCACCAUCACCGCAACCCCCCUGGCGAUCGUCCGCCCUCAAUCAUCAAAUGAUGUUGCUGCGCUGGUAUCGUACUGUACAACUCAUGGAAUCCAAUUCUCUGUUCGGUCUGGUGGAAAUAACUUGUACGGAGCGUCAUGUGUGCAAGAUGCUUUGAUGGUCGACAUGCGAGACAUUGCCUUCGUCGAUAUCGACAAGGAGAAAUCGUCAGCUAGGGUCGGCGGAGGUAUUCUACAGGGAAAGCUCGCCAAGGAAUUAUCGAAAGAAGGACUUGUGACUGCCAUGGGGUCACUUGGCUUUGUAGGCUUCAUCGGCUGGGGCUGCUACGGAGGUUAUGGAUCACUCUCGGCCAAAUAUGGUCUGGGUGUAGACAACAUUCUCGCAGCAAAAGUUGUCAACUGGAACGGUGAGAUUGUCGACGCGGAUGAGGAGAUGAUGAAGGGCAUCCGUGGAGCAGGGGGAGCCUUUGGCGUCAUAGUCGAAUUGACUGUUAAAGUCUAUCCGCUCAAAAGUAUCCUUGCCGGCAUGAUAGUUUUUGACUCGCAGGAUAUCACCUCAGUCUAUCAAAGCUACAAUGCCGGCUACCAAACCCUUUUAGACGAAGGCCUGUCACCUGCAUUGAGUUCGCAGCAAAUGGUUGUCAAUUCGCCUAAUGGGAGAGCCUUCGCUGUUGGAAUCAUCUGGUCCUCGGACGACCACGACGCUGGCCGCGCUGAGCUUGCGAAGAUUGAAGCUCUAGGCACUGUAGUUAUGAACACUGUCGGGCCGACGACAGUCGCCGAUUAUAUGGACAUAUUGAGUACGCAAAUCCCCUCCAGCGCAUAUGGGGCGUGCCAAACACUCAGUAUCCGAAAAUUGAACAAUGAGACCACCGCAAUCAUGAGCAGGAACUUUGAGAAGAUGCCUUCGAGCUUCGGAACGGCCUUUACCAUCCAUGAACUUCGCGGACCCUCCGCAGCUCCAAAGUCGAAUUCUGUAUUCGGGUUGCGGGAGCCCCAUUUCAUGUUGGAAUUCAUUUCGACGGUGGCCAAAGAGGAAGACGAGAAGGAAUCCCGAGAAUGGGCUACCAAUUUCCGCAAGGAACUCUUGCAAAUGAAACCUGAAAACUUGCUCCCAGGGACAUACAUCUCCCUUACUCCUCCUGGCGUCACUCCAUUAUCGAAGAUAUACGGUCCAGAUUCCAAUUAUGAGACUCUGUUGGAACUCAAGCAGAAAUAUGACCCACAUAACGUGUUCAACCUUGCAGUCCCAAAAUUUUACGAGCAAUGA